UGCCGACAGUGCUUCUGCAGUUCCCGGGAAGGAGGAGGGCUCGCCCAAGUCCCGGGUGUCUGUCCUCGCGGGAAGGCGGCAUGCAGGCUCUCCGGCUGCUCCUCCUGCUCUUUGUCGCAGAGCUGUCCAGAGCCCACAACACCACAGUGCUCCAGGGUAUGGCAGGCCGGUCCCUGCAGAUCUCCUGCCCCUAUGACCCCGUGAAGCACUGGGGGCGCCGCAAGGCCUGGUGCCGGCAGCCGCGCGAGGAGGGCCUGUGCCAGCGUGUGGUCAGCACGCACAGUCUGUGGCUGCUGGCCUUCCUGCAGAGGCGGAACGGGAGUACGGCCAUCACGGACGAUGCCCUGGGCGGCACCCUCACUGUGACACUGCGGAACCUCCAAGCCCAGGACGCCGGCCUCUACCAGUGCCAGGCCCUCCGUGGCAGGGAGGCUGACACCCUCCACAAGGUGCUGGUGGAGGUGCUGGAAGACCCGCUGAUCCUGCAGGAGGAUGGGGACAUCUGGGGACCCGAGGAGUCAGAGGCCUUUGAUGGUGCCCAGGUGGAGCAGAGUGUCUCCAGCCGCCCCGGAGAGACCCCCUUCCUGCCCACUCCCGUCCUCCUCCUGGCCUUAGUCUUCCUCAGCAAGCUGCUCGCCGCAGGAGUCCUCUGGGGUGUGGCCUGGCGUGGGUGGAAACUGGGGAAGCCUCCCGUGAAGGGUCAGGACAGCGGCCACGACGCAGGGCACCCCCUUCAGACCCUGGCAGGACCAAGGGACACGUGAGAGAGGGGAGCCGCAGCUGGGCGCCCUCCUGUGCAGUGCACGGGCCGCCGAAGCUCCUGGGUCUGCUCAUCUAGGCAAGAGGUCACCC